UUUUUGUGGCCGCUAUUACUCCAACCUCAUGUUUCUGAUCAAAACCACAAUAAGUCUAAGUCUUCACCUUAAAGACAAAAGUCUUCACUAUUACAAGUGGGAAUAUCAAUUACAAUGCAUUAUAAAUAUCACCUAAAUCUCCCAUCAUAAUACAAGUGUCUAGUUCAAUUAUAUAUAUCUCAGUGCUUGCCAAUAAUUUCAUUCUGUUGAAAUUUCCAAAAUACUUCAAAGAAUGAAGCUCUUACCAAUGCCAUGUCUUAUUUUGUUCUUCUAUGUGUUUGUAAUUGCAACAUCACCUCAUGCUGCAACAAAAAUCCAAGGUAGCGAGGCUGAUGCUCUAUUGAAGUGGAAAUCAAGCCUUGACAACCAUAGCAGGGCAUUUCUCUCUUCAUGGAUUGGUAAUAAUCCUUGUGGUUGGGAAGGAAUCACGUGUGAUUAUGAAUCGAAGUCCAUCAACAAGGUAAAUCUCACCAAUAUUGGACUAAAAGGUACACUUCAGAGUCUCAACUUCUCAUCACUUCCAAAAAUCCACACUUUAGUUUUAACAAACAACUUCUUGUACGGAGUUGUUCCACACCAAAUUGGAGAGAUGUCUAGUCUCAAAACUCUUAAUUUGUCGAUUAACAAUCUCUUUGGGUCAAUCCCACCAUCCAUAGGUAAUUUGAUUAAUUUAGAUACUAUUGACCUUUCACAAAAUACUCUCUCUGGACCAAUUCCUUUCACUAUCGGAAAUUUAACGAAGCUAAGUGAAUUGUAUUUUUAUUCAAAUGCUCUCACUGGACAAAUUCCACCUUCCAUAGGUAACUUGAUCAAUUUGGAUAUUAUUGACCUUUCAAGAAAUCAUCUCUCUGGACCAAUUCCACCUUCCAUAGGUAAUUUGAUUAAUUUGGAUUACUUUUCCCUUUCACAAAAUAAUCUCUCUGGACCAAUUCCUUUCACUAUUGGAAAUUUGACAAAACUCAGUACAUUAUCUCUUUAUUUAAAUGCUCUCACUGGACAAAUUCCACCUUCCAUAGGUAACUUGAUCAAUUUGGAUAUUAUUUACCUUAAUGAUAAUGAACUCUCUGGACCAUUUCCUUCGACUAUCACAAAUUUGACAAAACUCAGUACAUUAUCUCUUUAUUUAAAUGCUCUCACUGGACAAAUUCCACCUUCCAUAGGUAACUUGAUCAAUUUGGAUAAUAUUUACCUUUCAAGAAAUCAUCUCUCUGGACCAAUUCCUUCCACUAUUGGAAAUUUGACAAAACUCGGUACAUUAUCUCUUUAUUUAAAUGCUCUCACUGGACAAAUUCCACCUUCCAUAGGUAACUUGAUCAAUUUGGAUAAUAUUUACCUUUCAAGAAAUCAUCUCUCUGGACCAAUUCCACCUUCCAUAGGUAAUUUGAUUAAUUUGGAUUACUUUUCCCUUUCACAAAAUAAUCUCUCUGGACCAAUUCCUUCCACUAUUGGAAAUUUGACAAAACUCAGUACAUUAUCUCUUUAUUUAAAUGCUCUCACUGGACAAAUUCCACCUUCCGUAGGUAACUUGAUCAAUUUGGAUAAUAUUUCCCUUUCAAGAAAUCAUCUCUCUGGACCAAUUCCACCUUCCAUAGGUAAUUUGACUAAUUUGGAUUACUUUUCCCUUUCACAAAAUAAUCUCUCUGGACCAAUUCCUUCCACUAUUGGAAAUUUGACAAAACUCAGUGAAAUACAUCUUUCAUUUAAUUCUCUCACUGAGAAUAUUCCAACAGAAAUGAAUAGGCUUAUCGAUUUGGAAGUACUCCAUUUAUCUGAUAAUAUUUUUGUUGGUCAUUUACCUCACAAUAUUUGUGUUGGUGGGAAGUUAAAAACAUUCACUGCUGCACUUAACCAGUUCACAGGCCUAGUUCCAGAGAGUUUGAAGAAUUGCUCAAGCCUUACGAGACUGAGGCUUGAUCAAAACCAACUUACUGGAAAUAUAACAGAGAGUUUUGGUGUGUAUCCAAACUUGGACUACAUGGAAUUGAGUGAUAAUAAUUUUUAUGGUCAUCUUUCUCCAAAUUGGGGAAAGUGCAAGAUUCUCACAAGCCUAAAAAUCUCUGGUAAUAAUUUAACAGGAAGAAUACCACCAGAACUAGGAAGUGCAACAAAUUUACAGGAGCUUAACUUGUCUUCAAACCAUCUAAUGGGAAAAAUUCCAAAGGAGUUAGAAUACUUAUCUUUGUUGUUCAAACUCUCCUUAAGUAACAAUCAUCUUUCUGGAGAAGUUCCUGUACAAAUUGCAUCAUUGCAUCAACUAACUGCAUUGGAGCUUGCAAUAAAUAAUUUGAGUGGCUUCAUCCCUAAAAAACUUGGUAUGUUGUCUAUGUUAUUGCAGUUAAAUUUGAGCCAAAAUAAGUUUGAGGGGAACAUUCCUGUUGAGUUUGGCCAAUUGAAUGUUAUUGAAAAUCUUGAUCUUAGUGGGAAUUCUAUGAAUGGAACCAUACCAGCAAUGCUUGGCCAGUUAAAUCACUUAGAAACAUUGAAUCUCUCACAUAACAAUCUCUCUGGUACCAUUCCCUCAAGCUUUGUUGAUAUGUUAAGCUUGACAACUGUUGAUAUAUCUUACAACCAAUUGGAGGGUCCGAUUCCAAAUGUUACAGCUUUCAAAAGAGCUCCAAUUGAAGCAUUGACAAAUAACAAAGGCUUAUGUGGUAAUGUCUCUGGCCUAGAGCCUUGCUCAACAUCUGGUGGCAAAUUUCAUUAUCAUAAGACUAACAAAAUUUUGGUGCUAGUUCUAUCCCUCACUCUAGGCCCUCUACUGUUAGCAUUAAUUGUUUAUGGGAUCUCAUACCUUUUGUGUCGAACUUCAAGCACAAAAGAAUACAAGCCUGUACAAGAAUUUCAAAUUGAAAAUCUAUUUGAAAUAUGGAGCUUUGAUGGCAAAAUGGUGUAUGAGAACAUAAUCGAAGCCACAGAAGAUUUUGACAACAAGCAUCUCAUUGGGGUUGGAGGACAUGGAAAUGUUUACAAAGCAGAACUGCCUACAGGUCAAGUUGUAGCUGUGAAGAAACUUCACUCAUUACAAAAUGAAGAAAUGCCAAAUCGGAAAGCUUUCACAAAUGAGAUCCAUGCUUUGACAGAAAUUCGACAUCGCAACAUUGUGAAGUUAUACGGCUUUUGUUCACAUCGACUACACUCAUUUUUGGUUUAUGAAUUCUUGGAGAAGGGUAGCUUGGACAACAUUUUGAAGGACAAUGAACAAGCUGGUGAAUUUGAUUGGAAUAAGAGGGUGAAUAUUAUUAAAGAUAUAGCUAAUGCCUUAUUCUAUCUGCAUCAUGACUGCUCGCCUCCUAUUGUUCAUCGAGAUAUAUCCAGCAAGAAUGUUAUUUUGGAUUUGGAAUAUGUAGCUCAUGUCUCAGACUUUGGAACAUCUAAGUUUCUAAAUCCCAAUUCAUCCAAUAUGACUUCUUUUGCAGGCACCUUUGGAUAUGCCGCUCCAGAACUUGCAUACACAAUGGAAGUAAAUAAGAAAUGCGAUGUAUAUAGUUUUGGGAUAUUAACCUUGGAAAUACUUUUUGGAAAGCACCCUGGAGAUAUUGUAACUUAUUUGUGGCAACAACCUUCACAAAGUGUUACGGACCUGAGACUUGAUACGAUGCCAUUGAUAGAUAAGUUGGACCAGCGUCUCCCUCAUCCCACAAAAACCAUUGUUCAAGAGGUGGCAUCGAUGAUAAGGAUUGCAGUUGCUUGCUUAACAGAAAGCCCGCUUUCUCGCCCUACCAUGGAGCAGGUCUGCAGGCAGUUUGUAAUGUCAUAAUCAUCUUCAAAUAUAUAUUGUCUCAUAUAUAUAGCCUAAAUGUUGUUUUCACCAAAUAUGCUUCUCUACUACUUCAUUGUUUCAUAUUUGUAAAACUUUUUGUUUGUAUUGUAAAUCAUUUGAACUGGGUGGUAUUAUCAAAUUUUACGUUCAGUCAAACAUGUGAUUAUAAA